AUGCCGUCAGCCGUCGAGAGUGCCUCAGCCUCGACAAUCCGCGGAGGACACGAGGAGUCCCGUCCACGGCUUUCAGAGCCCCUACAAUACUCCGGAUUGUUGGACUCAUAUACCCAGCAAGACUUGACUCCAGUCAUCGGUAGAGAAUACAAAGGACUUCAGGUGGCCGAUAUACUCAAGGCGGAAAACUCCGACCAGAUUAUCAAAGACCUCGCAGUGACAAUUUCGAAAAGAGGCGUUGUUUUCCUUCGUGACCAGGAUGUCACACCCCAGCAAAUGAGAGAAUUUGGCGAAAGGCUGACUGUUUUGGCUGGCUGCCCCGAAUCAUCUGGCCUCCAUGUUCACCCCUUGACGGAAGAAGGCAGCGAACUCGGUGAUCAAAUCAGUGUUAUCAGCAGCGAAAAGCAGAAGAAAGGAGGCGGUCUUACCCACCAGCUCAGCGAUACGAGUCGCUUCGCCUCUGUAGGAUGGCAUACCGAUAUCAGUUUCGAGCGUGUACCUUCGGACUACGCCAUGCUCAAGAUCCACACUCUGCCCGAAACCGGAGGAGACACUCUCUGGGCUUCGGGAUACGAGAUAUACGACCGCCUGUCUCCUGAGAUGGCUGCCUUCCUAGAGGGUCUGACAGCCACACACGAUGCUAGCUUCUUCCAUGACGAAGCACGCAGGCUGGGAAAUCCCCUACGCAAGGGAAUCCGAGGAUCACCACUUAAUCAGGGUGAAGACCUUAAGGCGGUUCAUCCUGUCGUUCGCACUAACCCUGUUACCGGUUGGAAGUCCGUGUAUGUGAACAAGGGAUUCACUAAACGGAUCAAUGGGGUAACCAAGGACGAGUCCGAUAUGCUGCUGCAGUAUCUCUUCAAUCUCGUCACACAAAACCACGACGCGCAGGUUCGCUUCAGGUGGAACAAGAAUGACAUGGCCAUCUGGGAUAACAGAUCCACCUGGCAUUGCGCCACUUAUGACUACGCUGAAGCCCGGGCUGGUGACCGGGUCUGCAGUCUGGGUGAAGCGCCGUACUUGGACCUCCAGUCCAAAUCCAGGAAGCAGGCGUUGGCAGAGGCUCAAGCUCAAGCCUGA